AUGACUGAACAACAUCUGUUAUUAUCGCAGCUUGGACCAACUCUUACCCAAGAGCACAGCCUUGCUCUUGUCCAGAUCUUCAUCAAUACCUCCCUGGCAUGCAUUGCACAUACCCGUGAACUCAUUCCAUGGACAUCACCCUGCUUUCGAGCUCGCUACAUCGAGCAGAUUAACACAGUGGUCGCUGCUGAUGCCCGCAACUCGUAUUCGGCUUUCAAGGCUCUUGACAGCAACGCCACUAGUGGUGGGCAGGAAAUCAGAAUCCUCGUCCGGGGAGCUCAUAAAAGAGCCGACCAGCUGCUUGAGUUGUUGGAGGACGGUAUCUUCGAGGCCCUGCAACACAGAUAUCUUGACGCUUUUCAGGUGUUCGUGACCGAUGCUAAUGACUCUCACAAUGUUCUUGAAACGUACUCUUUCGCCUUUGAGUAUACCCAAGAUCGCAUACGCAGUGUUCAUAUGUCGUCAAUGAGUCCUGCAGUGGUACUAGAGGACUUUCAGCACAGUUUCAAAGCGUUCAUCCGCAGUCUGCUGCGCAUCCUAAAAUUCCUCCCACGUCUCCCAGCACAUCGACGAUUAGGAAUGAGUCUUACUUACAACGACAGUUGUCCUCACGCCUAUCACCCUCCAGGUUUCGUCGACCAAGCAGAAUUCUCAGGCAAGGCCGGCGGAAAACUCUGUGACAUGUUGUGGAAGAGUCCCGGGGAUCUAGUCAGUGAAUUGCAAAUUGGUCAUCAACACAUUGCUGUGAGCGUUCACCCUUUCGGCGCCCACGAGCCGUCUGCCUCCAUUGACCCACAAGACAUCGCAAUAAGCAAGCAUUUGCAAGCUAUGCAGAAGACGUCCUCACAACACACCACGGCUUUUGUCUCUACCUUGCAAGAGUCCAGACCUAGGCGCAAACGCAAUAUCGAAGUGACUCACCCAGUCAAGAGAAUGAAAUUGCAUGAUACGCCUCGACGCCAGGAACGAGGGGCUCGACAAGGGCCUUUGCCACAGAAGCAUAUCGAAGUAACAGAUUCCUUAGAGCAAAGUGUCUCGAAAAAAGAUACAGAUAAGACGGGUUUAUCACCCGAAAUGGAUCAUGACAGAGGCUUGCAACAAGAAACAACAGAUGGCCAUGGAGUCCUAAAUGCCUGCUCGAACUCAGAAUCUCUUGGAACAACUCACUCACUUCGCCGGAAGAUCAGCAUCUCACGAAUCCUCAUCAAUAUUGACCGCUCAUCAUCUGUCGAGAGCGAAAGUGUCGAACAACCCCUCCAGUCGAGCGGAGGUAUCGACUAUAGUAGCGACACUGAUACAACUUCGACGGCCACGGAUGACUGA